AUGAGCUUGGAUUUCUCACACAGCUCCAGUUAUAUCAGUCUAAAUCCAGUCACGGUGACCAUCAGCAUCAUGAGCAACGAGCGUCUCCUGAUUCUUACUCUCACAUGCUUUGUCUUUGUCUGGGUCGGAAACUGUGAAGAUUUAAUUGAGAGUCGUUCAAUUGAAGAUGACAUCAAGGCUCAAGAAGAAAAAGAGCUGAUUGAAGCUCUUCAAGAGGUCCUUGAAAAAUUAAGGAAUAAACAAAAUCCAUCCACAGAGAAGAGGUUAGGCUGGGUUCCUUCGUGUGAUGCAGGGGAGCAGUGUGCCAUUCGCAAAGGUGCUCGUUUUGGGAAGGUGUGUACCUGUCCUGGUGGAACCACGUGCAGCUUUUCCAUUCUGAAGUGUUUGUGA